AUAUCAGCCUACCAUUAUAAGUGCUUGGAUUUGCGCCAUAUCAUUGAUGAGGCGGAAAUAUUAUAUUUAGUAUAAAGGCUUGAAAUAUUUUACGCACUCCAUAUUCAGUGCCUGGGCGCAACGUACUGAAAGAGUAGUCGUCAUCACUGGAAAUGCUAUGUCGAACAAAGUUGAGACAUCAGAUGUAGCGAGAAUUUUAAGGCGAGGAACAUUCGCUAUCGCCAUCGUACUUGGCUGGUUUUGUUCGAGUGCACUUGUUGGAGUUGUCAACAAAAGCUUAUUUCAGCUGGAAGGUGCAAAAUUCCCAAUUCUUCUGACUUCUCUUCACAUGCUAGCAUCGUUUAUGCUUUGUCGUUUGUUCUUAAGACCUGUAAAUAGAGAAGGUACGCUGACGAAUCUGCCUCGUGGAUUAUGGCUUAAAGUAUUAUGCCUCAGCGUUGUCUUCUCUGUCAGUAUAUCGUUAGGUAACAUUGCCUUGCAGUAUUUGGGUUUGCCUCUUAUGAACAUGGUCAGCUCAUUAACACCAGUAGCGACAUUUUUAGUUGAACUUUUGUUCUUGAAGUCUGAAAAGUUCAAGUCAAAAUACUCAUUGUGGUGCUGGUAUUCUAUGUGCUUUCUGGUUGGGGGUGCUGUGUUAAGUACAAUUGGUGAUGCAGAAUUUGUCCUGUUUGGUUUUGUGUGUGCAGUCAUGUCUACUUUUUUAAGAGCUAUCAAAAGCUUGCUACAAGAARAUCUUUUGAAAGGAGAAUGUGUUGAAACCACUAUUUAUCUGUUGUACUUAAUGUCUUUCCCAAGUUUUAUUUUCCUUCUUAUUUUUGGAAUCAUUUUUGAAGAGCAGGCUUUGGUGAACAUUUUGCAGCUCCAUGUUCCAUACCUCAAGAUGUUCAGCCUUGUUGUACUGAGCUCACUGUCAGCAUUUAGCUACAAUAUCUUUGGUUUUCUUGUCAGUAUCCAAGCAUCAGCAGUCACACUACACAUUCUUGGUAACAUCAAAGUUGCAUUYUGCAUUGCUGCAUCYCUAGCAGUAUUUGGCAAUAAUGUUUCUGUUGUAAGCUGGAUUGGAAUGGUUCUGACGCUUCUUGGAGGAAUUAUAUUUUGGUAUGGAAAACAAAAGAGCACAUCUCAGUCUAAAUUAGUUUGAAACAAAAGGGUCUAAAAACUUAAGAUAUCUUCAAGAUAAUGUAAACARGAUGAACAGUAAUUACAAACUAUUCAGUGGCUAAAAGUUUUUAACUUAAUCCAGCAUUGUUAGCGUAGCUUUUAAUCAGUAAGCAUGAAAGGAAAAUUUAAUACCUAUUUCUAAACUGGCUAAAAUUAUGGUGCAGUAUUAUGGUAGACAUAUGGACUGUACAUGCACAYGGCAGUCUAUAUUUAGAGAGACUUUAUUUGCCAAAUCAAUAGAGUAAUACAUUUUUAGAUAGUCGAACAGUUUGGAACACCUGCUAGAAACCCUUAUGAAACCUGUGCAUACUCCACUGGACUACCUGAUAAAACAAGACUACGAUAUGAUAAACUUAAAGUGAUAAAUUUUAAAAUGAGCACAUAUAUUAUGUAUCACCAAAUAAAACCUGUCUGUAGAUUUGGUUUAGAAAAUUUCUAAAGAAUUCUUGUUGAAGUAAAUAAAUUUUUUUCUAAGAUGAA